UGCGAUAAUUAUCGUCAGAUGCGUUUCUAGGCAACCGUUUUGCUUUUGAUUUCCGUAAUUUUUUGUCAGAAAUAAUUCAAUUGAGAGAGAAUUUCCGAAUUAAUAAUGAAUUUCAACGACGACCCUUUGGCGGAUCUGCUUAGCGAUAACAGCUUGGACAACGACAACUUCUUUGAGACACCAGCUGGUGUUGGCCACAAGAAAACGCCGAAAAUCGCCAAAGCCAAGGGCAAACUGGAAGAUCUCUUUGGAAUACAAGAGGAAACGGAGACGGACGUGCAGAGCCCAUCCACGUAUGGAGCCAAGGGCAAUCCCACCGCCACGAGCACUCCACGCAUUGUCAAACAGAAGCCUUCCCUCUCCCUCGAUGACGAUGCGGGCGAUGAUGAUUUGGGCUUUGAUCCCAAGCGCCCCAAAAGUGGCGGCGCGAAGAAGAGUCUUUUUGAUGAUCUGCUCGGCGUCGCGGAGCCCAAAAAGAACUUAUUCGAUGAUAUAUUGAGCGGCGGCGAUGCCGCAAAGCGUCCGGCUACUGCAAAGCCAUCAAUUUCCCGCCAGUCGACAGACACCACCACGGAGAACUCGCAGGCGCGCCCCAAAACCUCCACGGGACGGCGCAGCUCCGCGCAAUCGGCCACGAUUAAUGCGGAUCCCCUGGGACUCUUUGGCAGGGACACGAAUGCCACCGUUUCGGGCAUGUCCACGCCGGUGUCCAAGAAGCGGGGCACAACAGCGGACUGGCUGGGCCUGGAAGCGGCUGCAGCAGCCGUGGAACAGGAGCGACCCUCCACACCACAGCAGCAGCAACAGCUGCCUGCCAAGGAGCCUCCUGCUCCUGCUGAAGCAGCAGUGACAGCUCCCAAGCAAACUGCAGACAUUCUGCGAAUGCCUGAGACCGACGAACCGGAGCAGUAUCUGUCCUCAGAGCAGCCUCUGGUCCCAGUAACUGCGGUCAAUCCGGCCACGCAGAGCAUCCUCUUGCUGAACAGUCUGAACCUGGAGACGGGCUCCAAGUUGAAUGCGCUGCAGCAGCAGGAGGGGCAGCUGGUCAUCGCAGCGCAAAUGAAGAGCCAGGAGCGCACCCUGCUGGAGAUGCAGCGGCGACAGGAGGCACAGGAUCGCAAGUUCCAGGCGCUCAUUCAACAGCAGCUGCAGCGCCAGCAGCAGAUGGAGGAGCACAUCAAGGGGCAGCAGGAGCGCAUCAGCAUGCACAUUCAGCUGAUGAUGGCUCAGCCCGUGCAUGUCCAGCCGCUGGAGGAGCUGCCGGCGGUACAAAAGCCAGCGCUGGACUUGCAGCAGGAAACGGCCAGCAGGGAGGAGCACAAGGAACACCAGGAGCAAGAACUGAUGCACCAGCUGCAGCUGGAGACCGAAGCCAAGCGAAAUCUGCUGGAGAAGCUGCGCUUGGAGGAGCUGGUGGCCAACAUGAAGGUCAACUACGAGCAGGAAGUCGAAAUGAUUGAAUCCACAUACAAAAAGCAGCUCAAGGUGCUGGAGGAGCACUUGGCCGCCGUAGAGGAGCGACUGAAGACGGAGAACAGCGACUUAAGGCAACACUUUGUCGACAAGCUGGAGCAACAGAAGGCCGACUAUGUGGAGCAGUUGUCCACGCUGCGGCAGGAUCACGAGGAUGAGGUGCGCAAGCUGCGCAACUCGCACGAAAUGGAUCUAGAGGGCAUACGGCAGGCCAAGCUGGUGGAGCUGUCGGCGGUCCAGGAUCAUGGCAACUACCUGGAAACGCUGCGCCUUGCCUCGAGCAACCUGCAGGAGCUGCGCGAUGGAAUGAGCAACAGCCAGGACAGGGAGCGACUGCUGGAGGCGCGCGAGCGGCGCUUGGCCGACCAGGAGCGCCGCCUGAAGAUGAACGAGGAAACGGCCGUCGAGGAGCAGCGUCGGCUCAUGGAGUUGGUGAGCACGCUGGAGCUGCAGCUGGGCCGCCUCUCCAAGGACUCGGCGGAGGAGAACUGGCAGCUGCGACAGCGCAUGGCCAGCCUGGACGCCGAGCGCAAGGCUCUCGAGCGCGAGAAGCAGUUCCACAGAGAGCAAAUGGAGCGCGACGAGAAGCGAGUCGAGGAGCUGAAGGCCAUUCAGCUGGCGGACACGGAGCGACUGCAGCUGGAGCUGCAGCAGGAGCGCAGCCAACUGGCCGUGGAGCGGCAGCAGCUGCAGCUGAGGCACAAGCUGCAGGAGCAUGGCGGCAGCUUCGACCAGGAUCGUCUCGAGCUGGAGGCUCAGCUAAAGGUGGCCCGGGAGGCCAUCAGGCGUGCGGACCAGGAGCGGGAUCGCUGCCACAAGCUGCAACGCGAGGUGGAGGCACGCAAGCGCCAGCUGGCCGACAAGGAGAACGAUCUAAACCUGAAGGAGGAUGAGUUGGCGCAGUCCACCGGUGCGUAUCGGAUGGCCACCAGUCGAACCCAGAUGGCGGAGCAAAAGGCACGCGAGGCGGACCAACUGCUGCAGGCAAAGUUGCAGCUGCUGGGCAAGCGGCAUCACGAUCUAAGCGAGAAGGAGGCGCAGCUGUCCCAGGAGCGCAUGCUCCUCGCCCAGGACCGCAUUGCGAUGCACAACCUGAAGAAGCAAAUCCUCCGCAGCCGAUGCGCCCUUUGCAAGAUGGGCUCGGAGAGCGCCGAGUUGGCCCUUCGAAUUGACCGAAAAUCGAAAAAUGCGACCAACAUGGAUCUCCAUUUGCCCCCCAUGCCGCUCAGCAAUGCCGAAAUGCUGCUCCACAUGGAACCGGGCGAGGCACAGAGCGACAUUGUCGACCGGAUGUUGGAUGACAACAUUAAAGCCUCCUAUCGCCGCAUGUACAAUGUGUCGGGCUCGGACGACGUCGGUUAUGGUCUGGCAGGUGGCCUCGACGACGACUCCAAGGUGGCUGGAUUAUCCGUGGAUAAUAAUGGCAAGCUGACGGAUCCGGAACUGGAAGCCUUGCUAUCGAAAUUUAAACAUGGAUUUGCCCCGUGAUCUAUGCCAGUGGCUGCACAUAAACA